GUGAGGAGGGGAGGCCAUGAUGGCGGGCGAGGAGCUGGAGGCAGGGCACUCCGCCGGCAGGCUGCCUGCAGGGCAUUUGUUGAUUUAUAGGCUGCGGUGGAAGGUGUAUUAGGCUGAGGUAGGGUGUAGGCACUAUAGAGAGGGGGGUAUCGUGGCCCUAGGCCUUGUAAAGAGUGUGAGGCCUGUGCUGGGUUUCUUCAUGUUCGUGCAGAGAGUAAGACCUCAAAGCCCUCGAACUUGGGGGGUUGGUUUGGAUACCCGUCACCCUUCUUGGGACUGCUGUUCCAUCAGGGUGGCAGCUGGUGAGGUUCCUGCCCACGUGGCAUAGGGAUUUGAGGCUGUAAAUCCUCCCUGAACGGCUUGUGGUGUUCAUACAAAUGGAUGAUGUUUUGUGUAUUAGAAUUUCAAAGCUCAGUGUGAGAAAUGAUUAAUUCUUUGAAGGAAACAGUUCUAUUUACAUGAGAAGUACUGGAGAAAGCAGUGUAACAAUUUUUCAAGGUUGCUGGUAAGGCUGUAGUGCUGUCUGCUUCAGAAGUUGGCAUCUUCUUGAUUGCAGAGCUUGCUUGGAGAUUUCCCUAUGUCAGUGGUGUUUCAAGGAAAGCCUUGCAAAUUUGGACUCUUACAGAAUGCAACGUAAUACAUAUUAACAGGAGCUUUAUUUAACAAAAAAAAGUUUUUGCACUGUUUGUAGAAGUACUCUUGGGUACCUGGAUGGAAAGUGUUAUGUGCAGUGUGCUGUUAAUAAGCAGAGAUGCAUGUCAUUUCUUGGCAUAGCUGUAGGCAGAAUGUGAGAAGAAACUGGUAGUCUUUAGGGCCUGAUCGUGAAGGCACUGUUGGGUUUUGUCCUUGCAGCUUCAAAAGCUCUGGUUAAGGUGUGAAGAUGGGGCUCCAGACAGCAUACUUUACCAACAAAUACACCAGACUCCGCAGAUUUCUAUAUGACUUUAAAAUCCUGCAAUUUUACCUCUAGAUUAUUUUUAAUAAGCGAUGAGCUCUGAAGAAAGUAAACACCCUUGUUGAUUGAAGUGUUGUGUAGCUUUCUCUCUGCUAGAAUACAUUAUUGUUUAGGGGUAGGAUAUAAUCUUACAAAACAGUGUUUAGUAGCCAGAGGGGGAGAACACAGUAAAAAAUCUGAAACGUGUGUUUUUUCAUAUAUGUUGUUGCUCUUCCGGUUACAGGAGGCGCUGAAAUAAGUAUUAAGGCACCUAAUCAGUUCUGAAUCCACAGAGACAAUGAUCUGUUCAAGGGUCUGGAAUAACCAUUCCACCUCCUGAUAGCUUUCCCAUAAGCCCAUUUGGAAAUGUUUUACUAGUGGAGUAGACUCCCAAGGGAAGGAGUGAAGGUCAUCUGUAAAGUUGGUUACAAUUAGGUUGUGCAAAGCACUGGGGAACAUAUGGUGUGUAACAGUCCUGCUGCUCCGUCACAGCAAACUAAGUGUGACCCAGCGUGACUUUCCAAUUGACCCUAUAGGUAGUAUUCUGUGCAAUGAUACUGAGCUUGCAGCAGAGUGUAUGCCAGGAGAUCCUACUGCAAAAUCUGGCACAUCCUUUCUUUUAUGUGAUAAUCUAUUAUUUUCUCUAUGGUGGGAGAGACCUGCUGUCAGACAGACAAAGAAUAACCUUUUUUUAUACUUUUGCUAUGCAGAUGUAAGACUUCUGGAAUUUGUUUGCAUUCUAAACAAAUACAAGGGUGUCAGUACUCGGGAAAACUUGAUGGUAACCCCUAAGUCCUCUUUCACUCACCUGCUGGUGGCUGUUGUGAAUAUCCUGCUUCAAGGUGAAACCCAAAAUUAGGUCCCAGCAGGUCUUUCAGGCUCUGAGCACUUAGUUCCUACACAAGAAAAAUAAGAAUACAAGAAUUAGUGCAAGUAGGACCCACAGACAGGACCAGCUCCAGGGAGACUAAAUCAAGUCUGGACCUGCUCUAAUCCUGCUUAGUGAAGUCAGCUCCAGCUACAUGGAUAGCUGAGUGAAGAGUUUCCACAAGAAUGGAUACUGUUUUGUGAUAUCUUCCAGCUUGGUUAAAACAGCUUCUUCCCCCGGCUUUCCCCAGGGUGAUCUUACCGUCCUCUGAAAACUGCACUGACAUGCUAAGGAGUGCUGAGCCUCCUGUGGUAACGUGGCUGUGUCCCUGGCCUGGGACAGGAUGGGAUCUGGAAAGUGCAGGAAAACCUGCAACAGGCCCAAUUGCUGUUCCCAGCUUUCAGUGCUACAAAAUGGUGAAUCUGGAUGUGGCAUCUUAUCGAAAAGACCUUCUUGUAGGUACCACACCUAGCACUCUUGGAUCUGUGCUCAUGGCUCAUAGCUGGUAAAGGAUGAACACAAAUGGCAGGUACUGGAUGCUUCUGCUCAGCCACCCUGUGGACAGAUGUAAGAAAAGUACCGAUCUGUUUACAGAUGAAAGUUCCUCCUUGCCUUUGUGAGCUCUGGUUUCUCUCCCCAUAAUGGGGAUGCUCUGCACACUCUUUAGAUCUCUCCUGUUCUUGCGUUUCACAUCCCGAUGUCCUGGGGAAGAGCCGUAGGUCUGGCUGCAGAUGGCAAACCCUUGCUGUGCCACAUGCUCUUUGUUGCUUUCUUGGUUGACUCUUAUAUGGACCCGCAGUUUGUCCAGCAGCAUGUCCAGGGCUCCCCAGCAACAACUUAUGUGACCCUCUGUCAUGGAUAGUCUGCAUGCAAUGUCGAAUUUCCAAAAGGUGCAAGAUGCUGAAAGCUUUGGUAUUUGAAACCUGAUUGAAGGAUCCUCAUCCAUCUCAAGGACACCUCAUUUGGAUAUCUUGGAGAAGAGGCUUCUUGCUUUGAAUUAGGAGUCUGUGAAUCUAUUUACAAAAUGAUGCAUUUCAAGUUUAUAUAGAUUUGGGUACCUUAGAAUAGGUCUUGAUGAGAGUCAGUUUCACACUGGGCAUCCUAUGCACUUCUGAGUCAGACAAACUACAUUUAUGAAUCGACGUUGCACUAGUUCCAAAAUCGGUGAUAAACUUAAGUGAGGUAAGAAAACUGGGAGUGUGGAGAGGGCUGGGGUUUGGGUUACGUGGUGGUGGUGUGAGUCAACACUGGCUAUUCUCGAUGUUGCCACAAACAUAUGAGUUAUAGGUGGGCAUGCUGGGGCAAGCCUAAGCCUAGGACAUAACGGAUUUAUGGAAAAACUUGUCUUGAAAAGUAUUAAAGUGACGAAACAAAGAUUUUUCAAAUCUGAGGAUGCAAAAUUACUCUGCUGCAUCCUGAGAAAUUGAGAGAGUUACUGUGGGUACUCUCUUAGGGACUUGGGGGAUCAGAUCCAAGGGUCAGUGAAAAGAAGUCUGAAAUGGUGGAAUAUAAUUUAAUAUCCAUUCCUUGUUAGAAUCUGCAGCAGGUGUCAUUUUUAUUCUUGCAGAGUAUGCUUGCCAAGUUUUUCUUGCUGAAGUGCUUACAGACUGACAGUUAGCUUGAGGAGAACACAAGUUCAGUCAAAAUCAGGACAUCCCCCUGACUGCUGAUGCAGGGGUCUGGGGAGAUCAUGGGGAACAGUACCAUGUGUGAUUCAGCUGAAGGAGCAGGUUUGUCACCCAUUCCUCAGCUCCUGCAGCAUGCAGUUACUGCAUAAAGACCCCUUAAAACUAAAUGUGAUCUCUUCAAUAAGAACGUUGUUUAGUUUUUAAAAUAGAGCAGCCUGCAGGAAUUGGAAAGCCAGUAAAGUUAUAUCCUAGGGUCUUUGCAGCAAGGAAAUAAAUGAAGGUUUGUUGAGGGAAAGGCCACUUCUGGUGAUAGGGAGACAGGGAUCUCUAGGAUUACAAUUCUGCAGCCAUUGGAUAAUAAAAUUCCUGCUCAGUGGUCUUGUUGCUGUCAUGCUUGUGAGUGCUAAUGAGUUGCUACAGUGGGUGCUGAUGCAAGAGCCCAUAUGGCACUUGGGUGCACAUGCUGGGCACCUUGGCAUGAGGCCAGCGUGCCAUGAGCACCCCUGAGCACCUCAGCAAGGAAAGGUUCUUCAAGGAAAUAAGACAGAUGGCCAUGCUAUGGGAUUUGCCUGCACCAGUCCUAUCCUACUGUAGGGCUGCAUUUUUUUAUUUCAGCUAUCCUGAUUCAUCUGCCCUGAGCAGAGAGCUCUGUUUCAGUUGAUUGACCUCGCUGAGCCUGGAGCAGAGUUCUCAAUUCAACAUACCUGUGAUCUGAAAAUGACCUGGCUGGCCAGCAGAGGAGCUGCCAUAUAUUUCUCUUUGGGGUUUCCCAGGUGGAGACGACUGAGGUAAGCAGAAAUUUUAAGAAAAGGGCCAAACAUUUCAAGUUCCACUGAAGCAAAAUUUCCUGAUGACAGACAUUUCUUUAGUAACUGGAGGAAGGUGGUCCUAGAGUAGCUCAGUUCUGGGAGCACAGCUUUACUUUUGUUGCAUCCUGUAAAUGCCAAACACAUCCUGUGCAGGGCAGGGAGGGAAUGCACCUAUUCACUGCUCUCAUCCUGCUCGCUUCAGGCUCAGUGUUUCCUACUGUAUCCUAGGAAUGACAAGCUUAAACAAAUAACACACGCUUAUUUGUACUGCUAAACAUUUAUGUUCUCAAACACUUGUAGGUGUGUCCAGUGCUCCAAAUUCAUCCUGUAAUUUCAGAUGUAGUUUUGAGAAGCCAGAGACACACCCUGGUUUGCUCAGUGAAAAGCAGCCCUCUACAAUUGAUUGAUCAUAGCCCUGCACACUAAGAGCCCAGUGACUAGCGACUUGGAGGUGAUUCCUUGCACGUGUGGGCACUCUGAAGACCUUUGCCGAAAUGUCGCCUUCAGUCCCAGGGCUGGGCUUCCUCCUUUUGGUUGGUUGGCAGGUAGCUGCUGCAGCUUCUCCUGGGACGUAUCUGUGCUCCAGCUCCCCUGUCAAUGAACCUGCUGUGUGUGCUUCAGUGAAAAGUGUCAGCCAAGAGAUGCUUCUUGAGGUAGCCCGUGGCCAAGCCUCCCCCUGCAGCCUCACUUUUGGUCAAUAUGCCUGUGCACAGAGUGCUUGGCUCCAGGACCUUCAGGAUAAUUUCCUCAUAUCCUUAUAUUCUUGCCUUACCCCUAAACCUGCCAGUGCUAUGGAUCCAGAAUACUCCAUUCUGUUCUUUUCCAAAUAUGAUGCCAAGAAGCUUGUAGCUGCUCUGACUAUGUUCAGCCAGCGGUUUUCUCAUGGGCCUCUUUCUCUCGAGUGGAACAUGAUCUUCAUUAAUGGUCUAUGGGAGAAGAUGUUGCAAGUACCUGAUAUUGACAGCCCACCCAUUUUGUCUCAGUGGGUCCAUGAGGGGCUUCAAGCAUUCCUGGUCGAGCCCAAGGUCUUUGCUUGCCUCCAUGACAAAAACGUGUUGUGUGAGACAUUUCAGAUGAUAGUCGCUGCCCUGAAUGGCGUAUAUUCUGACCUUCCAGUGGAGGAACAGAGGAAUCUUUAUGCUGGGAUCAAAUACUAUCUCAUCCAGGAUGGAUCAAACCAGAAAUGCUACAGUGCAGCUGUUCCAGGUCUUAAUUCCACUGCUUGGUUUGAAAAUUAUCUUGGAUCCUUUUUGGAGCAUGCUACUGUUGGAGACCUGCAGCUUUUUGGUGAUGAACCAACACUUCAAAAAUUUGCCAGGGAUCCAGUCAAUAUACAGAUGAUCAGCAACCUCACCUUGCUCCGGGAGACAGCUGUGUACUAUACCUCACUUCUGACCUCUGGGCCUGGUUUCUCCUUAUCAAGCCUCCCAGACAGAUUUGUUUGCUACCUGAGCCCCUCAGCAGUGAGCAACCUGAGCAGAGACGAUGCUUUGAGCUUGGCCCAGAGGAUCAGUGAGAACUGCCCAUUGAACCUGAAACACAGAGGAAUAACUAGAGAGAGAGCUCCCUCCUCCCUGACAACAGAGGAACUGCAGGUUGCAUCCUCUUUGGUGAGAAAGUUUGAGCGUUUCCCUCCUGCAAUCCUGCGUGCAUUGGGCCAGGCUGCAGUUGGGCUGUCCAUAUCCGACAUUGAAAACAGCAUCAGUGAUAAAGACCUUGAAGCAUCUAUUCCUGCCCUGGGUGAAGUUCGUGGCUGGAACACUGAGCAGUCCAGCACUAUUAUCAACAAACUGCUCAGCUCUGGCUAUCAGAUCCGGGAUGGACAGAGCCUGGCGAAGCUAGGGAGCUUGGUAGCUGGCAUCAACAGCAGCACGCUUCGAAGUCUGUCUCCAGAAGUGUUCUUGGAAGCCAUUAAGUUGCCUGAGUUUGUUCAGCAAAUGGUGACCCUGCCCUCUGUUCUGAAAAUGAUAUUUGUGGAAAAGAUUUCCUCCAGUGUAGACCACCCUGCUGACCUGGUUAAAUGUAUUCCUGAUGCUCUGGCCAGUUACAUUCCAAAAUCAUUGCUUGUUUUUGGGGAAGAGAAGCCCAAUAUUCAGGAUCUCAACAGUAAAAUGUGGACCCGAGAACAGGCUGCCAUAUUUUUCAGUGAUGUGAUAAAGACAGAGCCUGACUUCAGCAGGCUUUCCCAGUCAGUCCUCCAAGGCUUCACAUGUGCAGCUGCCAAUGAGAUGGAAGCAGAAAGAUUUCAGGAGCUGGCCAAAGUCAUGAAGAAGAAGAAUGUCAAGCUAGGAGAAGACCAGCUGAGUUGCUUAGUGAAGAUGGUGACACUGCAUGGCAUUCCCCAGGAUUUAGAUAACUAUCCGAAAGACCUUUUGCUUUUUUUAAGUCCUUCAGACUAUGCAGCAACAGGAAGCUGUAGGCAGUACUUUGCUAAUAUUGGGAAAGCAAAUCUUGAUGUUCUGCAAAGAGAGUCAUCUCAGCGGAAAGAGCUGCUCUUGGAGGCUUUAGCAUGUUUGAAAAUUCCUGGCACACAAGUAAACGAGGAAAAUGCAGAGAUUCUAGGGCAUCUGGUCUGUGACCUGGGCGGAGAAUACAUUAGAAGUUCUGGUGGGAAUUUGCUGAAGCAAUUAAGUCAGUGUGAAUCUUUCCUGCCUGAUCAAGAAGAGGCUAUUAGAAGUGUCAUCAGCAGUGGUAACACUACGUUUGGGCCUCCUGUAGCAUGGUCAGCUUUUACCUUGAAUGAGCUUAGUGGAUUGAUUCCUGUAUUUGAUCACAGCAUCUUGCAGAAGAUCCCCAAGAAUGUUUUAACUCUUUGGCUGAAAAACUAUGCACACAAUUCACCUCUGUCAAGGGAACAGCUGGCCACCAUUGUUGAAGAACUCCUACCUACUAGGCAUAAGCGUGCUGAUGGUUGCCCACCUGACAAGCAGAUAACAGAGAUGGUUCUUAACAAUGACUUGAUGCCUAUUUACUACACACCUGAGGAGUUACGUGCUUGCCUGAAGAAUGUCUCUCUGGAGAAUCACCUCUCUCGGGUGCUGACCUAUGCCUUCAGUGUUCAGCAAUUAGCUGAGCUGAAGAGAAAUCUGGAUGAGACAUAUCCUGAUGGCUAUCCUGACAGUCUGCUCCGCAAACUGGGCCCCCUCAUUUCUCUGGUCACCCCUGAGGAUGUUUCCAAAUGGCAGAUAACUUCAAGUGACACACUGGCUGUCUUGCUAAAAGAUCAGCCCUCUGAUGAUCAGGCUUCUGCAGUGAUUAAACGAUAUGUUGACUUGGGAAAUGCCUUGAAUGCCACUGCACUGAAUGCAAUUGGUACGAGAUAUGUGUGCCUUCUAAAUGCAACUGAGUUGAAUAUAAUAGACUCCAACAGCUUGAAACUGGCAUCUCUGAAUCCUUCAAACUGUACACAGCUUACGAAAAACAUCUUAUAUGCUAAAGCAAAACAGGCUUUCUCAGACCAGAAGUAUUUACCUGCUUACUAUAAACUUGUUGAACCAUAUCUAGGGGGUGCUCCUGCUGUGGAUCUCAGAGCUCUAAGCAAGGGCAAUGUGAGCAUGAACAUUAGUACUUUUUCGAAGUUAAGAAGAGACUCUUUGCUGAGCCUGACACCUUCUGAGGUUCAAGGCUUGCUGGGGAUUAAUCUCCGUGAUCUACAGAAAUGGCAGAACAAGUCUCCCAUCCGGGAGUGGGUUCAAACACAGAAACAAUCAGAACUGGAUAAACUGCAUGUUGGGCUCACUGGGGGGCUACAAGAAGGCUACAUGAACAUCGUCACACCCAAAUUUCAGUCACCAUCCGCAGCCUCUGCGAGUGCUGUGGCCAUGACACUCCACCUCCUGCCUGCUCUGCUUAUCAGUUUCCUGAUGACGUCAGUCUUGUCUUGAAAAUCUUCUCUCAAGAAAAAGCAAGAUGAGGGGGACCAGCCUGUGACCUGCCCUAAGGCCUGUCAGGGACAGCCACGCCUGGGGGGUGAGGGGGUGCUCACUGCUAGCAGGCAACUGUUACGCAGCCCAGGGUUCACUUUUAGGUACUUUUGUCUUUCAAAUCACUCGAAAAAAACCCAGAGCUCUGUCUGAAGGGAAGAUUUCAGACUCUUCAGAGCAGGAUCUUUGCCUUUUGUACAGACUAAGCCUGGGUGAGCCCCAGCCAUAUUACUGCAACACAAAUGAUGUCAAUAUUUUACUGCGCAACCCUGGUGGGUUUAAGGGUGCGCAAACUGGCUGUUCUGCAUGUUAAUGAUUACAUUUCUCAAAGAGCCUGAUCUCUUGACACUGCCAAGACCUCUGA